AAAAAGUUCCAAGAAAAGAUGAACAACUACAUACAUUUUCUUCCCCCCAUCAUCCCAAUUCCUGUGUUCUCUCAUCAUACAAUAACAAUACCUUCAUUUCAAUCUCUUCUCAUCCCAAAACUAUUCCUUUUUCCCACCCACUUCACUCCGAUCCCACUCCCAUAUUCAACAACCAAACCCCAAUUCAUUCUCCGUACGAUUUCCACGAUCUAAUGUUUCUUGAUUGAUUCGGUUUUCACAUCGACAACAAAACCAUGUUGCCGAUUGAUUGGCGGUAAAAGGGGAUCGAUUAAUCGAUUCAAAGGGUUGUUAAUUUGAGAUCUGAAUGGGUAUAUUUUGAAUUGAAGAUUGGGUAAUAAGAAGAUUGAUGGAUAUGGGUUGUAAUGGGGAGGUGGGUCGUCUUGAUCCUGAAUUGUUGCAGCUGAAUGAAGUGUCUUCUUUGGCUAUUAAGUCGAAUUCUUUCGUUGCGGAUAAGUUGUUCGAUCAAUGGCUUUCGCUUCCUGAAUCUACUGCUUUGGUGAAGUCUUUGCUAAAUAAGGCUAAGGCAGGCGCUUCAUUGAAUGUAGCUGGAGCAACUUCCAGCCCAAAGUCUGCCGGAAACAACCUUGUGCCUCCACUUUCACCAAGAAGCUCUUCGGGUUCUCCUCGCAUAACAAAACAGAGGGGCCCGUCUGUUCUAGGUUCUCCUUUGAAAGUAAUUACCGAGCCCAUCAAAGAGAUAAUACCUCAGUUCUAUUUUCAAAAUGGACGUCCACCCCCUAACGAACUAAAAGAACGUUGUUUAUUUAGAAGUAACCAGUUCUUCUACGGUCAUGCCAAUGGCCUAUCAUUGGAUGAGUUUAAACCUGUUACGAAGGAAAUAUGCAUGCUGCCAUCGUUCUUCUCUACGACUCUUUUUAAAAAGAUAGACGUUGGUAAUACCGGCGUUGUAACCAAGGAUGCAUUUGUGGAUUUUUGGGUCAAUAACAUGCUGACGAAAGACGUAGCAACUCAGAUAUUUAUGUUAUUAAAGCAGCCUGAUUUGAGAUAUUUAACUCAGGAGGAUUUCAAACCGAUACUUCGUGAGCUACUGACAACGCAUCCAGGAUUGGAAUUCUUACAGAGCACACCUGAAUUUCAAGAGAGAUAUGCUGAAACGGUAAUAUACAGAAUCUACUACUACGUGAAUCGAGCGGGUAACGGUCGUCUUACACUCAAGGAACUCAAACGUGGAAACUUAAUUGCUGCAAUGCUUCACGCCGAUGAAGAAGAGGACAUAAACAAAGUUUUAAGGUUUUUCUCUUAUGAGCACUUCUACGUAAUAUAUUGUAAGUUCUGGGAGCUGGACACUGAUCAUGAUUUCUUGAUCGAUAAAGAGAAUCUUAUACGAUAUGGUAACCAUGCGCUCACUUACAGAAUUGUUGAUCGAAUAUUCUCUCAGGUUCCAAGAAAGUUCACGAGUGAAGUUGAAGGGAAAAUGGGAUAUGAAGAUUUUGUUUACUUCAUUUUGGCUGAAGAGGAUAAGUCAUCUGAGCCGAGUCUUGAGUACUGGUUUAAGUGUAUAGAUUUAGACGGAAACGGUGUGCUGACAAGGAACGAGUUACAGUUUUUCUAUGAAGAGCAGUUACAUAGGAUGGAAUGUAUGGCCCAAGAGCCUGUUCUUUUUGAGGACAUAUUAUGUCAGAUAGUCGACAUGGUUAAACCACAGGAUGAGGCGUAUUUUACUUUAAACGACUUGAAAGGAAACAAGCUUUCCGGGAGUUGUUUCAAUAUCUUAUUUAACCUUAAUAAGUUCAUGGCCUUUGAAUCUCGCGACCCGUUUCUCAUUCGUCAGGAGCGUGAGAAUCCAACGUUGACCGAGUGGGACCGAUUUGCGCAUCGCGAAUAUAUAAGGCUUUCGAUGGAAGACGAUGCGGAUGAUGCUUCUAAUGGAAGUGCAGAUGUAUGGGAUGAGUCUCUUGAGGCGCCCUUUUGACUUCAAUUUGGAAAACUACUAAUUCAGGUGAAAUAGAAUGCAAUUUUUAAUUUAAAUCAGAAAGCCCAACAGAAAGGCUGUAAAGUUUCUAGAAACUUCCAUCGCGUGAAACGAGCAACUGUCAGGCAAGUAAAACCGAGUUCUCAAAUUACGCGGUCGAUAGAAGUGUUACGUUUUGAACCAAAUCGACUCGGGUGAUUUUUAACAAUUGGAUUUUCUGUAUGUAAUAUCUUGUUUGAAGAUAAUACUUUGUUUUGAGACCAACAUCAAAGACAAUAUGUAACCCACCAAUAAUAAAAGGAUAUUUGAUCAAUUCAUUGAA